UGAAGAUAAAAGUUGUAAAACAUUUGUAAAUAAACCAUUUAUUCAUGUUGCGGCCAUCAUUGGGCGUCUCCCACACCAUGUUAGGAUUUAGUUUGCUCUUGGGUGCUCUAUUUGUGCUGACCCUCAGUGGACUGACCCCACACGUCUGGGGUCACCUGACCCCAGACGACCCCUUCACACCAGGACCGUACAGUGUAAGCAGUUACAAGGUGGAUCCCCGGACAGACAAGUCCCCUCUUCAAACCACUGUAUACACCCCAGUGGCCAAGGGUACGUAUAACCCCAUUGUGUUCGUGGGUGGGAUGUAUGGCUAUGUGGGCUCGUCCUUCUACUCAGACCUGCUGACUGAAAUAGCCACUCAUGGCCAAAUCGUGUAUGGGAUGGACGCUCUCCCGCUUGACCCCAAAGGUCAACUUGCAUCUGGCAACGGUCCAUGGAAGGAUGGUGUACAGGGUAGAAGGACCAGCCUUUCUGCUAAAUACGAGGAAUACAUGCAACAAUUGCUGUGGCUGCAGCAACAUGCAAGCAACAGGACCAGUGCCGUCCCCGACUGGUCACAGAUGUCCCUGAUGUGUCAUUCGGCCGGAUGUGACGACACACUUCUCAUGAUCAACGCCAGCCGGUCUUUGUUUAAGGCCUCCGUCUAUUUGGAUCCCGUCAGCCCACACGCACUCUUGAUGCAGCCGUUCCCGUCCAAGGUCGCGACCUUGACCUACAUGGCUCAGCUGUCGGAGGAGAAGCCCGACUGCUGCAUCCCGGGCAUGGGCUGGAAGAAGAUCUAUGACCUCAUGACCUGUGUCAAGGUCAGGAUGGAGGUCAAAGACUUCGGUCACUGUGACGUGCUGGACCACUUACCCUGGGAAGGUUGCCAUUUGUCCAAGAUUUGUAAGACAACCAACGACACCAGACUAGCAGACUACAGACACCAGACAUCAGGUGUUGUGACGUCAUUCAUACAGUGGACCGUCCUGGGCAACAAGGACAUGGCUCGUUACGUCACCAACCCCUCAGCCAUGCCACUUCCGUUGGUAGACCUGGCUUUCAACACCACCUGUGUGUUUUAGUCGCCUGCUCUAAAGAUUUUUUUCAA